UUGGAUCACGGUGGUUCCGGCUCCAUCCUGUUCCUGCCACACAUUGCUCGCAGCCAAAGAUCAAGGAGAGGAGGAGGAGGAGGAUAAGGGAAAAAGAAGAGAAGAAAGGGGAGAUGUUAAAGGCAUCAGCCCUAUUGUGUGUGUAUGCAGUCGUCUGGUGCAGUCAGACUCUCGCGGCAGCGGCAGUGGCCUGGAGCAGAUCGGACAGCAGUAAUUUUCUGGAUGAUAAACAAUGGCUCACCACUAUCUCCCAAUAUGAUAAGGAAGUAGGACAGUGGAACAAAUUCCGAGACGAUGAUUAUUUCCGUACUUGGAGUCCAGGUAAACGCUUUGAUCAAGACCCAGCUAACGAUCCAUGCUUAAAGAUGAAAUGUAGCCACCAUAAAGUUUGCGUUGCCCGACAUCCUCAGAUGGCUAUUUGUAUUAGUCACCGGAGGCUCACACACAGUAUGAAAGAAACUGGAUUAAGUCAUAAACAGUGGAAGGGUCCUGUUUCAUCCAUCUGCAAGCAAUGUCCAAUGGUUUACACGAAUCCUGUUUGUGGUUCAGAUGGCAACAUUUACUCUUCACAGUGCAAGCUAGAGUAUCAAGCGUGUGUCUUGGGAAAAGAGAUCUCAGUCAAGUGUGAAAGACGGUGCCCUUGCCCUCCAGAUAAAUCCACAACUGUAGUCAGAAAUGAUAAGAGAGAGUGUGGUGAUUUGGAAUUCAGAGAGGUGGCAAACAGACUGCGUGACUGGUUCAAGGCACUUCAUGAAAGUGGAAGACAGAACAAGAAAAUCAAAGCAUUACAGAGGCCAGAAAGAAGCAGAUUUGAUACCAGCAUUUUGCCCAUUUGUAAGGACUCCCUUGGUUGGAUGUUUAACCGACUUGAUACAAAUUAUGACCUCCUAUUGGACCAAUCAGAGCUCAGCAGCAUUUACCUAGAUAAGAAUGAGCAGUGCACCAAAGCAUUCUUCAAUUCCUGUGACACAUACAAAGACAGUCUGAUAUCAAACAAUGAAUGGUGUUAUUGCUUCCAGAGACAGCAAGACCCACCUUGUCAGACGGAACUCAGCAACUUUCAGAAGCAACCAGUGGUAAAGAAGCUCCUAGGGCAGUAUAUCCCAUUAUGUGAUCAGGAUGGUUAUUAUAAACCAACUCAGUGCCAUGGAGGUUCAGGACAAUGCUGGUGCGUUGACAGAUAUGGCAAUGAGAAGAUGGGGUCUAGAACAAAUGGCACAGCAGCAGACUGUGCUAUUGACUUAGAGACAUCAGGAGAUUUUGCAAGCGGAGAUUUCCAUGAAUGGACAGAAGAUGAGGAUGAUGAAGAUGACAUGAUGAAUGAUGAAGAUGAAAUUGAAGAUGAUGAUGAGGAUAAACGUGAUGAUGAUGAGGAUGAUGAGGAUGAUGAGGAUGAUGACCAUGAUGGAUAUAUUUGACAAUAUCCAUGGUCAAUGAAUUUUACUUUUCUAAAGUUCACAUGGUGAUAGUCCAUUGAAAAUUGCUCUGUUACUUGAGAUCAAAAGGAUUCUAAACUACAUGUAUAUUUUGUAUAAUUAUUUCAAAUAUUGCAGCUGGAGUCAUAGACUUUAUUUAAAUAAGAAUUAUUUAUAGUCUUCUGAAUUUUUUAUAUGCCUCUGAGCAGAAGAAAACACACUGGAUGUCCAUCAAGAAGCAAGAUAUGAUGUGCUACUAAAAAAAGUAUGCAAAUCUUCAUAAGGGCAAUCAAACUUUUUUUAAAAAAACUUCUCAUAAAAGGAUAUUUGUCAUGGUUUUGAAUUGCAUGCUGCCUCUUCUGAGGUUUUCUGUUAUGAGUAACUUUCACUUAGCAAUGACUAGGCCCAGGGAUUUUCUCUCUAAUUAUGUAGGACCUGGUGAUCAGCAAUUAUUCCAAAAAUUGCUAUGGAAAGUAGUGUCUUAUGAACUAAAAGUAAGCCAGGGAUGUGUAGGCAAGGUGGAUUCUGCAAAGAAAAGCAACACAGAAACUUGUAAAGUCUUCCUUUGUGUUUACACUCAUGGUUUGUAGUUGUGAAAUGCUUCUGACUCUGACAGGAUGUUAGACCAAAGCAGUACCAUGGACUCCCAUUGUGUUCCAGCAAAAUUAAAGUUUUGUGUUCUUUUUUUUUUCUUC